AUGGCUUCUAACAGAGAGAGAGAAGAGAUUAUCAAGUACAUCCUCAAUACAAUUGACAUUAUCAAGUACAUCCUCAAUACAAUUGACCUUACUGAGGAUGACUAUGAUGAGCUGGCGGCCACAGGGUUAAACACACCCAGAAAAAUUCUAAUGGCAGAGGAUUCAGUGCUGGCCGAGCUCACAGACAAAAACGUCUUGACCCAGGUCGAUCUCGGUGAAUUUAUGAGAUUCAAACGAUGGAUGCAGUCUAUUAAGAAAGAAGGUAAUGAUCUUCCAAAAACCAUUGAUGGUUGGAAACAGGACUUCACUGAAGAUAUAUGGGAGCGAUGUUUUCUGUGA